GUGUUCUUCCUUCCCCUUCCAGCCUUUUCAUACAUGUUCAUUGAAGGGGCCAUCGAAUUGAUGUAUGGAUUGAUGUGUAAACUAGUGUCUGAUUUUGUACAUGUUUCUCUAGCUAUGCAUUUACUUCAGUUUGUUAUGACGGUAGCCUGAUUUUUAUUGGGUGGGCCAGGAUGCAACUAGACAGGAUCUCUAUACUGGUAGUUAAAUUUUAUACCAGACUGAUUUUCAGUGGCAUAUAUGAUGUGCUUGUCUGUGUCCCAUUCUUUCUGCAGUCACAAAAUUUUGUACGGUUGUUAGUCCGUGCAUGUUCAGAUGAUAUUUUGAUGGCUGAUGGUCUAAUGAUCUUACCUCAUCUCUCUUCCCAAAAAGAACAUUCACAUUAUAGGUUGGGUCCGAGAAAACACUUCCAUGUUUCCUAUGGAGAGGGAUUAAAGCUUAAUAAAAAAAAUACAGUACAGAAGUUUCAAGGUAAAAGGAAAAAAAGCAGUGACUUCCUAUAUUUAACAUGUCAUAUAUAAGGCCAACAUUCUUAACUAUAAAUGUCUAGAGACCCUAACUUUCCACCUACUGUAGAAAUGUCAUUCAAUAAGGUCUUGCAACUAGUCAGGUGGUAACUAGUAAGAUACUUUGUGCAGUAAAAAAGGCAUUAUCUUGCAUAAAGAUUUCGGCAUAUGAACAAUCUGGAAGUUAUGACCUGAUAUGCAUGUGGCUGAAGUGUUUUGAAUAUUUUACUUCUAGAUGGUCGGGUCAGUGAAAUAAUAUGUGGAGGGAGCUUGAGUACUCUUUUGAAAUGAUAACAAAAUUGCAAUUUCAAAACAAUGAGAAGGAAAUAGCAUGGAGGAAGCUACUUUGUGCAGAACUGAUAAUGCAAAUAACAAAAAUAAAUUUGACAUGUUCAAGAGAAUGAAUUUGCUUAAGAAUAGAAAGCAUACUUGGCAGCCAGUAUGGUUCCCAUGCAGCCAAUUUGUGUCACAAUCACCUGUGGAUUUAAGAUGAACAUCCUUGUCAUGUGAAUUAGGACUCAACUGAAUAAGAACUGAACCUGCAACUUACCAGAAAGAUAUCUUCAUAUUUACUGAUAACGAUGUCUGUCUUAUUGCCCUAGAGAACGCAGAAGGGAAAAAGGGAUAAUCAAGUUAUCAUCGUAGUCAGAAAUCUCCAAGAAAGCAAAUCAUACUCUCUCCAAUAUCAAACCAUACUAAUAAUAGAACAAACUAUCCUGUCCUACUUUAAUAUACAUUUAUCGUCUUUACUUAAUCUGACUAAAUUAGACACCAUAUGUAAUAUUGCUCAGCAAGAUAGGUACCUUGAUGUCUAACGAGAGGGAUCGAUGCUGCACAGGGAAGUGAGCACCAGAUUGCGCGGAGUUCAUUGGCACCUCCAUCUACCCAAUCAGCAGAGCUGCGCAUCACAACCUCUAAAUCAUUAGCAUACCACACUUAACACAACAUCCACAAAGUAGCGUGUCUUAGCACGCGCCUUUCACGAACACAAACUGCAAAGAUGCACAAGCAUUAUUGGAAAAUCGAACACAAAUUUUGCACAGACGCACAAGUGUUAUCAGAAAUUUUUUCAUGAACACAAAUCUUGCGCGCUGAAGAAGACCAAGAGACAAAUAGAACCACAGGGGGAACGGACAGAUGGCUUGGGGUGGAUCAGGAGCCUCUGGAGGAAGAAAAAAGACUUGGAUUCGUCUGAUUAGGAGCAGAACCAACUAAUGGAGCAAGCUAGGUUUACUAAUAACUCACCAACGCUAGGGGAAAUCAAUCUGAUACGGAUAUAUUUCCAGCCCGCUUCCAAGCUAGUUUGGCACCAGUGCAGGGCGACUAAAGAGGAGGAUGGCGACGAGAGAAGACAUCGGAAUCGCUUGUGCGUGCGCCGUCGUCGGGGAGAGGAAGAAUGGGGACCUUGGUGGCGGGGUCGGGCGGUGGAGAAGUAGAGAGAGGGUUGACGACGCUAGAUGGAGCAGGCCGUUAUAGAGAAGAUGGGCUGUAGUGGACGGAUUCAGCCCAAUGUUCGUCUUCUUUCAUGGAGAAAUAGGAUGGUCGUGUUUGCAAAUUUGGUUACGAUAGUGUACAGUUUUUUCGGUUGGCUCUCUUAAUCACACACCACACAGUGACCACAUACAACUACUCUAUAUCACAAUGUGGCAUCUCUCUUCUAAGGCUCGGUUUGGGAGGGAUUCUCCCAAAACGGCUUCACCGGUGAAGUCAAAGCUGGUGAAGCUAAGGGCUCGUUUGGCAGGGUUGUGGUUGUGGCGGAAACAGCUCCGGCUAUGGCUCCUCUAGUGGAACAACUUCUCUGAUGGAGCUGAAGCUGUUUUGGAAAACAUUUGGCAAAACAACUUCUUCUACUUUUCAUGAAUAGAUGAAAGAUGUCAAAUGUCCAAUAUGCCCAUGAUUUCUCUCUUGUUUAGAAUUUCAGUGUUGUAUGUGAUAAAAAUAUUAAUGAAUAUCAUUAUAUAUUAACAAAUAAUUAUUUUGUUAUAUACUAAUAAUACCCUUACUAAUUUUUUCUUUUUCAUUCCCAUUUCAUUUUCCUUUUACCCCCUUCACUUAUUAUCCGAUCCAUCUCUUUUUUACACGCCUUUUUCUUUUUCUCUCUCUUUUCUACUGGUCAUUCGUUCUUCCUUGACCUUAUCCGUUUGGCCGUUACCUUCCUUCAUCUCUUUUCUACCUCCGCUGCUAAUGGCUAGGCCUCGGCCAUCUUUGCUGUUGCGCUGCAACUUGCUUCUGCUACACUAGCAGCUGAGGUGUGGAGGGAGGUUGCGUGCCAGCGGCAGGGCCGGCAGACUACACACAUGGCGGCCGCCACCGUUACUCUAGGUUAGUCCCCCUCGUAGGGAUCGGAUUUGCUGCUACCCUACUGCUCCCCUACUGUGCUGCAUCUCCACCGCGCUUCCGCCGCCUUCCUUCCUCGCUUCCGCUGUUGGCUGCUUCGCACUGUCCCUGCCUACCACUACUGGCUGCCUCGCGCCGUCCUUGCUCUACCUGCGGGUCCCUCCUGAGGACAGGGAUGGCAAAAACAGGGAGGAGCUACGGGGAGCCACAUUUUUGGGCUUCCGCUCCGUGGAAUGGCUUAUCUCAGUGGGUUUCGAGGGGCUUCAUCGUUCAAGCCGUUUGCUCUUCUACCCUUUGGCAGAGCUUCGGGUGGAGCCGGUGGAGAAGCACCUUCCGGAGUCCUGCCAAAGGGGGUCUAGAAAUAGUGGUUAUUUUAGGCUCGGCUUAUAAAACAACUUCUCGUUACGGUGUCUUGUUUUGCGCAAAACAUGUGACACCGAAACCAAGGUAAGCCCUACGAAACGGGGCCUAAAUUUAGCUUGAUUAUUUCAAAAGAAAAGGUAUAAGCUCUUUUUACAUCAGUUGUGCGCAACUUUUAUUUGAAAAAAAAACGAACGGGCAAAACAUAGUAACCACAAGCCAAAUAACGUGACGCACGCGCGCGAACUGGACUUGGAUGCACCAACAUCAAUUAGCUCGCAUUAAGCCACCAACCCGCACGAGCCCAACACCGGCCAGUCAAUGACACCGACAUGACUUGCCGCUCCGGUCAGCCGCGCGCUGCUCGUUUAAAUUUUUGGCGCAAGCCGGCUACUGAACAAAGGCAAGCGAGAUUGACGCACGAACUCCGCCACGUCGAGACCUGCAGCCGGCCGGUCGGCCUGCAUCGAUCUCGUCACCUCAUCGCCGUCAUCGUCGAUGACGGCUAGCAGGACGAUAGUGAGGGUUCUGGGUGGGAAGUUGAGCCUGUCCAUAGCGCGGGCACGGCUGGCGCUGGAGCUGCGCAGCGUGGCGUACGAGCUCAUGGACGAGCCGCUGGAGCCUCGCAAGAGCGACAGGCUCCUCACCGCCAACCCCGCCUAUGGCAAGAUACCCGUCCUGCUCCUCCUCGAUGGCUUCGCCAUUUGCGAGUCUGUCGUCAUCGUCCAGUACGUCGAGGACGUCGCGCAGGCCGGCGGUGGCGCAGGAGGCGAAGGCGAGGCUGCUGCCCUGCUCCUGCCGGAGGACCCCUACGAGCGUGCCAUGCACCGUUUCUGGACCGCCUACAUCGACGACAGGGUAAUAACGUCUACAACGAUUUCAGAUAGCACAUCUGGCGACACUUGUUCACCGGCAAUGGCAUGUGUGUUGUGGAAGUUAUGGCUAGCGAUAGACGCCGUCUCCUUGGGUCCGACAUCGGAAACACACGUGCAAGCGACCGGCGAUGCCCGCGCGGCACUGCGGCUGCUGGAGGGGGCGUUCACGGAUUGCAGCAGCGGCGUGGGUUUCUUCUCCGGUAGCGACGUGGUGCCGGGGUUCCUUGACCUAGCGCUCGGCUACUUCCUGUCGGCGCUUAGGGCCUGCGGGCGCCACCACGGGCUCUCCCUAUCGACGCGUCCACCACGCCGCUGAUGGACAGGUGGAGCCACCGGUUCGCCGCGCACCCCGCCGCCAGGCGCGGCCUGCCGGACACGAACAAGGUAGUGGAGUUCACGAGGUUCUUCCAAGCAAAGUUCAAGGUCGAUGUCUCCAAAUGAUAGAAAUUGUCUCAACUUGUUUGCAUUGUGUAACACCUCUCCCUCAUUAUUUGAUUUUGUAUUUCGUAUUUGCGCACUUCUUGUUCGAUAUCUUAAAUAAUGAAGUAAACUUUGCUGAUGCAUAUUUACAAAUUUGAGUGCAAGAAAGUUUGUCUACUUUCUUAUAUUAUACUAGCAGAAAUACGGGUCCUUGCUCGCUUGUUCCUAAUAUGUUAGUGUCGCUUCCGAAUAUGUUGGUGUAUUGUCCCUUGUAGUCCUCUCUUUGCAAAUAUAGUAGUAGAAGAUAUUUGUGGGUGGUUUGAUGCCAUAUGUUUAUUAUGUGGGACCCACACAUUGAAAUUAAAAAAAUUCACUGUUUGACCUUUGAUCUAUCCAUUCAUUUGAUUUCCCUUGUACUCAUUGUU